GGGGUGGCAAGAUGAUUGGAUAACCUUUCGUCUGGUAUGCCCCAUGACGCAGUAUCUGCAUACAAAGCUUGGUGGUUGUUGAGACAGGCGACCAAAAGUGUACGAUAUUCGGAGAACUGACUCUAUAUAUUGUCGAACUAGGCUCACACUGUUGUGCAAGUAGGAAGGCCUUUCCAUGGAUCCUGAAUGGAAUGAAGACUCUGAUGUCGUCCUAUCUGAGGAAGAUGAUGAUGAAAAGGAAGAUGACGAUGAAACGGACGACAGUUAUCACUCAGCAGAAAGUCAGCCUGAAAGUGGAGAAGUGUUGAGUGACAAAACAGUCCCUGUGAAGGAUGACAAAACCUCCGCCUGUGAGACACGCAGUGACUCUGACAGUGGAAGAGCUGCAGUGUCUUCAGACAUUGUCCAUACUCCUCCCCGGAAUCUGCCAACAGAUCAACUAUGUGAAGGUCGCAGGUUAUUGACAGUUGGUGGAAAUGCCCUUGAUGGAAGAGUCUUUGGAAAAGAGGAUUGUGAUGUGCAAAUUCCAGAGGACACAUUCAAGGAAAACAAAGGAGGUGACACAUCUGUAUUGGACACAUCCAUAGCCCCAACACCUAUCACAGUCACUGGUGCAUCUCACAGUAAUUUGAACCAGAACCUUGCCAUAGGCAUAAACUAUGGGUCUGUUGUACAAUCUGGCGAAGAUUUGACUUCAAGCAGCCUUCAGGAUGAAACUGAGGAGCUAUACGCAGAGACGAUAUUUAUAGAAACUGGGGCUUAUCGUGAAGUCUGGAAUGCCCUGCAAACAAAGGACCAUGUAUUUAUUUGUGGUUCGCCUGGAUCAGGAAAAACAACAAUGGCCCACUACAUCUCAGGAAAAUACAGAGCAGAGGGACACCGCGUGAUUUGUGUAGAUAAAUUGGAGAACUUUAAGUACAACACACCCACUCAAACAUUACUGGUUUGUGAUAAUGUGUUUGGUACUUUUGCAUCAUCAGCCGAUGUUGUGAAGAAUUGUGACGCUAUGUUUGAAUAUUUAGAACAUCAUUUCCAACUUUUGGAAAUGGAAAAGGAUGUGAUGCCUUUGAAGGUCAUUAUGACCAGUCGGACAAACGUCUGGAAUAGUGUCUCUCAAAUGGUAAUUAAAUACCAAAAUUCAUUGCUGUCACCUGUCAUAAAUCUGACAAUAUCUACUCCACUUGAUGAUACUGAAAAAGAACAGAUUUUAAAAAAACAUUUGGAAGGAUCGCAAUUUGAUCUAACACAUGAUGAAAUGUUAGCAGUUGCAAGAUUGGAGUACACGACACUGGGAUUUCCUUACAUAUGCCAACUGUUUGUGAAGAAUUCUUCUUCAAAAAGAAAUGCCUUUGAUUUUUUUAAGAAACCGUGGAUCUACUUGCAUGGUAUAGUAGCUGAUAUCUUUUCAAAAGAAAGGUACAGGGCUGCAGUUCUCCUGCUUAUGAUACUCAAUGAAGGUGGUCUACACUUAAAUGAUCUCUUAGAUCCUCAACGGCGAAGGGAUUCCGGACUGGAUAAAAAGAUAUCACAGAUUGGGGAAAUCAUGCCAGACGCUAACAAUCCUUCUGAAAUCAGGAAAUCUGCAAGAAACGAAAAAGAUUCACUGAUUGUGCUAUUAAAGAACAAUUGCGCAAAAUUUAGUCACCCAGCUAUUCAUGAUGUUGUGGCAUGCAUUGUGAUUGAUUUAAACCCUGUUGUCGCCUUAGAGAACUGCAGUCUAAAGUUCAUAGUUGACAGAAUUUGGAUUUCAGAAACCAAGAAUACAGGCAUCUCAAAAGAUGGUCAUAUGAAUAUGUUCCUUAUUAAUAUUGAAGAUGAUUUAACGGAGAAUCUUGUGAGUCGACUUGGAAGAGAAAUUACUAAUGGUAACUUGUCCCUCUCAUUAUCACAUCAAUGUUUUACCUUUGAGGACCUGGUUGACAAACUCUUCUCCUACUUCCCAGCAGAUAAUAUUUUGUUUCAACGUGACAAGGAUCGAGGAUUCUUAUUCUGGUCGUCAUAUUUGGACACAGGUGCAUUUUGCAAAUACAUUCCACGAAUGCAGCUAUGUGAAUCAGACAUCCUUGAAUGUUAUCUUGGGUGCUGCAUGCAUGGGCACUUGAGCUACUUAAAAGGGCUUGUUGGUCAAUCUGACUCUUCGUUUGACAAAUUAGCCACUACAACUGUCGGGGACAUCCUGCGUACCAAAGAUAAAACCAGACCGUAUCUUCAAUCUCUUUCUACAGGAAAGAGUAUUACCGCUCCUGCAGUGCCCUCAGACAAAGACUGCCCUCGAGAAUCUGGUGACAACAGAGAUAUGUUAAUCCACGUGGCUGCUGCCAAUGGGUUUACAGAAUGUGUACGUAUACUGCUUGACAUUGUAGGCACAGCGAUUGAUGUUCUUGGGGGAAAUGGUAUGACAGCUCUCAUGCAUGCUUGCUAUCGCGGACACACUGUUUUGGCCCAAAUGCUACUUGACAGGAGAGCAGAUCCAGAACUAUUAGAUGAAGAGAAAGACAACUGUCUUCAUCUCACGUGCAGAGGAGGAUGCCUUGACGUUGCUAAAUUGCUGCUCAGACAAUCUAUGGAUUUGAACCAAGAUGGUAAAUAUGAAAGAACACCUUUGAUGUACGCUUCGUACAAUGGACAUGAAGAUAUUGUGAAGUUGCUCCUAGAGAAUGGAGCACCCACCUCAGUUGAUUCUGGCUCUGAUACAAACAGCUGUCUACAUCUUGCAUGUAUGAAGGGAGAAACCAAUAUUGUAAAGAUACUUCUUGAUCAUGGAAUGAACAUUGAAGAUGUUGGUAGUAAGUUCAAAAGAACGCCAUUAAUGUGUGCUUGCAGGCAUGGGAAGUUGGAAACAGCAAAGGAACUAAAACGUAGACAUGCUGUUUUAGAUGCCUUCGAUCAAGAGAACAAUUCAUGUCUACACUUGGCAGCAAUGAAAGGGCACGUUCCAACAGCUGAGUGGCUUCUACAAACAGGAGCCACUGUGAAUUGUGUUAAUUCAGCAUCAAGAACUCCCUUAAUGUAUGCUUUUCAGAAUGGCCAUAUUGAUAUGGUAACAUUCUUGAUGAACAAUGGCGCUGACAUACAGAUGGUGGACAACAGCUGUCUACAUCGUGCAUGUAUGACGGGAGAAACCAAUGUUGUAAAGAUACUUCUUGAUCAUGGAAUGAACAUUGAAGAUGUUGGUAGUAAGUUCAAAAGAACGCCAUUAAUGUGUGCUUGCAGGCAUGGAAAGUUGGAAACAGCAAAGGAACUAAAACGUAGACAUGCUGUUUUAGAUAUCGUCGAUGAAAAUAACUUUUCAUGUCUACACUUGGCAGCAAUGAAAGGGCACGUUCCAACCGCUGAGUGGCUUCUACAAUCAGGAAUCAUUGUCAACUGUGUUAAUUCAGCAUCAAGAACUCCCUUAAUGUAUGCUUUUCAGAAUGGCCAUAUUGAUAUGGUAACAUUCUUGAGGCAAAAUGAUGCCGACAUGCAGAUGGUGGACGAUAAAAAAACAACAUGUCUGCACUUUGCAGCAAAAUCUGGUGAUUUGCAUCUGGUUCAACUUUGUCUUGAAUUUGAUCACAAUAUCGAUCCUCUCACAAAAGACGGCUGGACUCCAACCAUGCUUGCUUGUGGUCAAGGUCACAUUGGUAUUGUAGAGCAACUAGUGAAAAAGGGAGCAGAUAUCAAUCUUGGCAGCGGCUGUUUAUUUGUGGCCUGCAACAACGGUUUGUUCGACAUUGUGAAAUUUCUAACGUCUAGUAGAGGUGAUAAACGCGCUAACAUUAAUAAGCGUGGACUGAAAAAUGCGACCCCAUUAAUAAGAGCGAGUUACCAUGGGUACGCAAACAUUGUUGAUCAUUUGCUGUCAUGUGGCGCUGAUGUCCUUUGCAAGGAUGACGAUGGAAGUACGUGCUUACAUACAGCUUGUGAUAGAGGUAAUGAGGUUGUUGCAGAGAAACUCGUGGGGUGUUUCAAUGUUGAUGAACUUGGUGCCAGUGAUCAUGAACUGAUUGAACUUAUCCAAAGAUUUUCUGACAUGAGUACAGACAAUUAAUUGUGGACGGUUGUCUUCUUUGAUGAUGAUGAUUUGUUUGAAUAUGAAGAUGACAGUGAACUGUCACAGUGACAUUAGAGGACAUGUUUUCAAAAUAACACUUUUGAGUGAACAUUUCGGCAGAAUGUACAAAUAAAAGACCUAUACAUAGUGUACAUGUGAUGAAAUGUAAGUAGGGAUUGGUGAUGCUUAUAAUGGUAACUGUGUAGGGAUUGGUGAUGCUUAUAAUGGUAACUGUGUAACUCCAACUCGGACAGGUUCCUAAGUAAAAAGCAAGUAAAUUGUUAUUGAUAUAGGCAUAUUUCGUCCAUGAUAACCGUUGAUAUUACACUUCUCUCACUGUUUAUGAAAAUAUACCGAAACACGUUUAGGAAAAGAUUUACAAAAGUCUUUAUAGAAUCAAAAUGAGUAAAAAAAACAUCUUUUGAAAAUGAUUACAAUAAUUUGUCGUUUUGUUUUAAAGUUUUACAUGUUAAUAUAGACUUCUCUUGUGCAAUCUACCAAAUAUUUCCACUGACAUCACAAUGUCGAACCAGAUCUAAAUGUAAGAAGAAAUUCAAAUAAAUUUCUUUCACCAUAUUCCGAUCCAUGUCCGUGACAGAAAGAUGAUGUUUUCUUAACUAAUGCACAACCGUGGGCCAAAACAUGCCUUAUCAUACAUUGUGCUGUAGAAAUAAUGGUCAAAACUGAAACCCAAUACUUCACAAACAUAUAUUGGUCAUCGUUGUCCCCCUUUAUUGCGUCCCAUUUUGUUAAAAGAGACACGAAGCUCUAUGGAAAAUCUCUCCUGAGAGAAUGAAUUAUUUAGGUUUUAAACUUAGAUGAGGUCGUGGUAAUAUAUCACUUCAUUGGCCAGAACUAUCUUAUCUAUUAUUUUGAGUUCUAACGUAUUCUUAGUAUGUAUUACCAUAUUGCUCCUUCAGAUGAAAAAUAAAAGAAGGAGGGUCAGCAUGCACGUCACUGAAAUAAGCCAUUUUGUCUGAUGAUUGAUCAGCCUAAUAAUUGCUGAACUUUACCUUGUCAGAUAUCCGAAAGUUAUUAUACAGUGUGUUUACCAAUAGUCAGUUUAUCAUAGUGUUUGCAACAUGCUAUUGCACUGUCUUGACAAAGCAGACAUGAUUUAUGGACAACCACUUCUUUAAUUACUGCAAAGGCGACGUUUCGGUAUAGAUCCUUAUACCAUUGUCAAGCAAGACUGAAUGAUGAACAUGGUUUCCUAACGAAAACACAAGUAAAUUGUUAUUGAAAAAGGCAUAUUUCGUCCAUGAUAAUGGUUAUAAUACAUAACGGUCCAUGAUAAUAAUUGCUGAACUUUUUCUUUUCAAAUAUCGAAAGUUACAGUGUGUAACCAAUAGUCAGUGUAUCAUAGUGUUUGUGACAUGUCAUUGGAAUUCUUGACAAAGUAGACACAUUUUAUGGAUAACAACUUAUUUAAUACACUGGUUUGGAUUCUGUUGUUGGGGUUCUGGAGACAAGGACAACUAAGAAGGGUAGUUGGUUGUUCUUUUCUAUUUUGCUGGUGAACUGUACUCGGGGGUGUUGUUUGUUAAGAUGUUGCCAAUCAAUCAACAGGGAUCAUGGCUAUUUCAUCCCUUACUCUACUAUAAACUCAUUAAGCAAUAACCACUCCGUCUAUGUAUACUUAUCCUGUAUAAUUGGCUUCCUGUCUUAUUGGCUUCCUCAUCAUGUGUUCUGUGUCCAUCAUGUUGUUACAGUAGUACCCUUCUGUUGUCAUUACUUAACCUACUUAUGUUAAUCCCUCUUGUAUGCAAUAGGUGUUACUGUUAAUCCUCCACCUACUGUAUAUUAUUCUGUACCAUGUUCAUUUAAUCUUGCUUGCUGUAAUAUUGCUAAAAGCGACGUAAAAUAAUACUCACUCACGCUUGACAACGGUAUAAGGGUCUAUACCGAAAUGUCGCCUUUACAGUAAUUAAAGAAGUGUUAUCGAUAAAUUGUGUCUACUUUGCCAUCCGCCAACUUCUAAGUAAUGCCUAUCAAACAAUGCAUUGCAAUGUCUUGCCACGCACGAAACUCCAUUAUGUUUGAAGGAGUGUCCUGUUGUUUUGAGUCAGAGAAGUUUGGAAUGUUUUACGUGUUUAUUGUUCUUUAACAUCAUGUUAUCCUCUGUCAAACAAUAAUACAUUUUUGUCUUUUGAAACGAAUGCACUUUUGAUUAGUACGCGUUGUUUUUUAUGCUAUCAAGGAGGUGCACAAUGUAGAAUGAUGAGAUAAAAUUUGCUCAUGACGUUUUACUGGAAAUAUGUGGGUGUCAGAGUUAUAAUAUGAUUUGUUUGUUUGUUGUUUAACGCUGCACUCAGCAAUAUUCCAGCUAUAUGACUGCGGUCAGUAAAUAAUC